UCCCGGCUUCGUCUCGAGAUUUAAAUUUACCAUGUAGUAGCUCCGCUACGCGCUAUUCCACUCGCACUUUAGCUAAUUAACGUUAGAGUAAGAAAGACAAAAAACAAGUUUUCCCACUCCAACUACCCAGUACGGUAGGUUCACUCCGCCGCUAGUCUGGCCCGUCAUUAUCUUUCGUGCGCGCGUGCACUACGCACUUGGCUAUAAAAAUACAUACAUAAAUAGUGAUUUAAAUAAAAAUGUCGAAACGGUCACAUCAAGAAACCAAUGAAGACCGUUGGAGAAGAAAAAUAAAGGACUAUGAAGCUAAGCUGGCGACAACAAAACGAAGACGUCGCGUGAUCUACUCCAGUGGAAGCGAUUCGAGCGAUGACGAGGCGAUAGAUGUACAACCAGAAGAACAUCUCAAUAACGACGUCGUCCAGACUGAGCUGUACACGGAUGAAAAUAAUGUGGUUGAAGAACCUGGCACCGAGUUAGCUGCACAAGUAGAGGAAAUGAAUGAUCCAUCAUCAUCAUCAGCCGGCCAGGUACCCAAUGUAGACCCUGAUUUACUUCUUGCACUUGGGGAUUCCGUCACGGAUACCCCUCAGUGGAGAGACGAUAUUCUGCAAGAUAUAUCUCAGCGAUGGGAGCCCAUACUUAAAACGGGUCUUGCAAAGGAAAUCAAGGAAGACCUUUUAAAGAAAUAUCUGUUUCCUAAAAACGUCCCCCUGUCAAAGCCCCCAGUGCUAAACCCAGAAGUGUCUGCCAUGCUAACCGAAACGUGCCGGAGCAGAGAUGCCCGCGUUUCCUCCAAGCAGAAUCAAAUAGGUCGCGCUAUCGCAGCCUUAGGAAAAGCUAUGUCCGGCAUACUAACAAAGUCUAUGAAGGGCUCGGAGGUUGUUAAAAUACUCAACGACGCCGGCAAGCUUCUCGCCGACUCUCACUUCUUAGAGACAGACACACGGCGAUCACUAAUUAUGCCGUUAUUAGAUAAAUCAUAUGUCACCCUGUUCAAAGAGCGGCCACGCGACAGUUUCCUAUUCGGAGAGAACUUGGGGGAGUUCAUCAAGUCGUCAAGGGGCAUAAAGAAGACAGGAGAGCUGAUCGCGCCUACGGCACCAUCUACUUCAUCCACUAAUUUAAACUGGGCGGGCCUGCCGCGCCAGCAACGCGUCAACCGACCGCCAGUACAACGCGGCGGCGGCGGCGGGCAGCGAGCACCGCGGGCGGCCCCGCCGCCGCCGCCGCCGCGGCCGCGCCGAGCGCCGGCUCCUCCCCCGCGCGCCCCGCGCCGAGCACCGCCCGCAUCCAGCCGACGGCCGGCGCCGCGGUCGAGAUCCCCGUACCGGCAGCUCCAGUCCCUUAGCAAGUGGCGCACUCAAGGUGCGCAUCCACAACUGGGCGAGAUGGUCAUCAUCAAGGAUGACCGCCUACCACCGAACCGAUGGCUGCUCGGACGAGUCACGGCCGUCCACCCGGGCAGCGACGGCGUCAACCGCGUCGCCGACAUCCUCACCACUACGGGGACCCUGCGCCGGGCAUACAACCGGCUCUGCCCACUUCCAUCAACGUUGGAUCAGGCAGCUCCUGAUCCAAGGGGGCAGCCUGUUAACGCGCCAUCCAUGUGUGCGUGCACGCACACAUACACCACCCGAUCUACGCGGUGCCGCGAGCGCCGGCACGCCGCAUACUCCGAUCCGUAA